AUGCAGGCAACAAGAAUAGUCCGGCCAGCUCUGACUGCUGCGCGACGAACAGCUCCUCGUACCGCGAUCCGAACAUAUGCAGCUCCAGCCGCUACUGACACGAAGCCUCCUGUAGCCGUAUUUGGGCUUGAUGGGACAUACGCAAAUGCCUUGUAUACUGCAGCUGCCAAACAAUCCGCCCUCGACCCGACCUCGAAGGCCAUGUCUUCACUGAGCCAGAUCUUGAAAUCUGACCGCAAGCUGCAGGGCAUUCUUUCGGCCCCAACUCUCUCUGACAGCGACAAAUCUCAGAUCGUUGCUGAACUCGAGAAGCACACCGGCGGACAAGACAAGAGCAAUACAGUCAAGAACUUUCUGCAAGCUCUUGCAGAGAACAACCGAUUGUCUAUACUAGAGGGUGUGUGUGAGAAGUUUGGUACUCUGAUGAGUGCAGCCAAGGGAGAGAUGGAACUGACUAUCACCACUGCUCAGGAUCUUGACAACAAACUGCUGAAACGUCUACAAAGUGCCGUCGAGAAAUCCGAAUACAGCCAGGGCAAGAAACUGAAGGUCACUACGAAGGUCAACCCAGAAAUCAUUGGGGGUAUCGUUGUCGAGAUUGGUGAGAGAACGAUCGACUACAGUGUCGCGGGCAAGGUGAGCAGGUUGAACAAGAUGCUUACUGAGGCUGUAUAA